GCUUUCUGCAACCGGACCUGUUUGUCCCGGAUUGGCCUUUUCAGUCACCAACGCGCUGCUCCUUCCUGGAUCUUUGUUCGCGAAGCAAAGCCAGAGAGAGAGAGAGAGUGUGUAUAGUGAAGGCAAUAACAGCAGCUUAACCACAACAUGAUUCUAUUCUAUUCUAUUAUGAACUGGUCAUAAUUGGACCCUGAGCCAGAGGCGUGAUGCUGCAGCACACGAGGCCAAUGUGAUGCCUGGAGAACCGUGCCAUUCCCAGCUCCACAAAGGGAGCCAUUAGUCCCUCCAUAUUCUAGAGUCAUAGAAGAGUUGGAGGAGACUCCAAGAAGGGCCCUGGUCCAGUCCAAACCGCCAUUUUCUGCCACGCGGGAACUUCCUGUCCAGGCUUUUGAGGGUUUCGGAUUACAACUCCCAGAAUCCCUGGCUAUUGGCCUGCACAGCUGAGGCUUCUGGGAAAUGUAGUCCCGAGAGAGAGAGAGAGAGAGAGGCCUUCUUCGUACCUGGAGGCCGAAGUGGCGUCCGGAGGGAGCGGGUUCCGAAGGGUCACUCGGCACUCCAGCACCUCACCGGCCAGGAACACCGCACCCCGCAAGAGCGACGCCGAAACCUCGAUCAUGGCUGCGGCGGAAGAGUAGGCCCAAAACCGGAAGAAGAAGCAAAAAAGGGGCUGUAUGACCCAGGGGAGCGCGGGCGGCCUUCCCGACUCGGCGGGGGGAGGAGCCGCGUGGAGACUCCGCCCACCACUUCGGGAACACUGGGCUCUGGGAUUCGCUGCCUGGAUGAGACUCCGCCCACCACUUCGGCAAGGCUCGGCUCUUUCUGCCCGGCCGGGAUUGGCUGCCUGUGUGGGCGGAGCCGCCUCGAGACUCCACCUCCCACGUCGCGAAGGCUCGGCUCUUUCUCCCGGCCAGAAUGGGCUGCUUGGAGGUGAGGAGCCUGCUGGAGAUCUUCGGGAAGACUCGGGUGUUUCCGGAAGUAAAUCGUCUGCGCUCGGGAGCGCAGGGGAGGAGCCUCCUGGAGACCUUCGGAAGGGCCUGAAUCGUCUGUCCGCUGGACCACAAGAGAGGAGCCUCCUGGAGACCCCGCCCACCACUUCGCCUUCGGGAAAACUCGCCUCUUUCUGCCCUGCUGGGACUGGCAGCCUUAAGGAGGGGAAGAGCGCGGGACUUGAUGGGAGGAGCCUACUGGAGGCCCCGCCUCCUCCUCCCCUUCCGCUCAAUUGUUUCCGCAACUGAAUCAUCUGCGCUCUGGAUCGCAGGGGAGGAGCCUCCUGGAGGCCUUCGGGAAGGCUCGGGUGUUUCCUCCUCCGCGCCGUCUCCCCAUUGGUCGAGGGGCGGGGAAGGGGCGUGGCCUGGCGUUGGAAGUAGGGCUGGGGCGGAAGUCAGCUCAGUCAGUCAGUGGCGCUCGCCGCAUUCGGACAUGGCUCAAGUCGGAGCGUGCGGCGGGGCGUCUUGCGGCGCUGUUCCUUCGGAAGAUGAGGAAGGCCUGAUGUCGGGCUUCGAGGGCUCUCUGGGGCCGGGCCUCAGAGUCCCUCGCUGGGGCUGGCGCCUGUGCCUGGCUCACCGCUUCCCCGAGCGGAGGAAGCCCUACCAGGCCUCCGACGUCUCCGCCGCCCACGCCCUCCGCCACCUCGGACUCGCCCUCAGGUACUUCAAGUGGUGGUAUCGGAAGACCCAGCUGGAGAAGAAGCAGCCCUUCAUCGACCUCUUCAAUGCUCAGCCCCUCCGACAGAUCUACGGCUGCCCACUGGGGGGCUUUGGCGGAGGGACCAUCACGCGGGGCUGGCGGGGGGACUUCUGCCGGUGGCAACUGAACCCAGGCCUCUACCACUACAAGACCGUCGUUGCUGACCAGUUCACGGUUUGCCUGCGCCGGAAGGGACAGACGGCCUACCAACAGGUGCUGUCGGUGGAGCGUCCCAGCCGCCUCCAGGCCUGGAACUGGAGUUUCUGUGGCCACUAUGCCUUCUACCAUGCGCUCUACCCGCGCGCAUGGAGCGUUUACCAGCUGCCCGGCCAGGACCUUGUCCUCACCUGCCGCCAGAUCACCCCCAUCAUCCCUCACGACUACCAGGAGAGCAGCCUUCCGUGGGGGUCUUCGUGGGGAGGCGGAGAACCAGCGGGACGAGGGUGGAGGUCUCCAUCAUGUCACCUUCCAGAAUGGGACGGAGGCAAGGAUGACCGUCGGGGGCGGCCACUGGAGGAGCCCUUCAGCCUCCAGAAGGACGGCCACUGCGUCAGGGGCAUCCUCCUGCACCACUGCCGCCGGUCAACUCCUACACCUGGGCCUCGAGGGGGAGAAGGUGGGCCAGGGGGUGAGGGUCAGGAAAAGAAGGGAGGCGGCAUCUCUGGGGGUUGCUCAGGCUUGGGAGAGGAAGAAGGGAGCAUGGCUGUGAAGGCAUUUGAGGCUGGGGGCCCAGAGGACUGUGGGGGUGCACAAGACCCCCAGGAGGCUGCGGUUGGGGGCUCCAAGGAAAAAGCCCCCAACGGAGAAGGGGGUGGCCUGCGCUGGCUGCUGUGUGCGCUACUUGAAUGUGCGGCCCAUGGCCGUGGGACACUGGAGCUGGGCUUGGCCUGGGACUGCCGCGCAUCCGCUUCGGUCCAAAGAGAGGAGCACUACGAGUGGUACACCGUUCUUGGCCGGGAAGGGGACGCCUGCCCUGCCCUUUGCCACCACAUGCUGACCCAUUACCCCUGA